AAAAAUUUACAGCAUUUGAAAUUAGUUUUGUGUAUUUUGUUUUGAAAUUAAUUGUGCAAAUAGCGAAAUAACACCUCAUAGUCAGCUUAAUUUAUUGUCAAACAAUGGCCAUGUCACCAUGUUGUUGGGCAACCAACGAAUUGUCCAGGGAUAAGGAGAACUACAUACGUUGCUCAACCACACCGAAACCACAGGUGGAUGACGGCAAACGGAAUAAAAAGGGUAAAAAGGACAAGGAUAUGUGCUGCUCGGCAGCUUUUCGUUUGCAACAGGCCAAGGAUGCUGAACAAGAUGUGAAUGCACAAAUUGACCUGCAAUGUGCACCCAAGGGCAAAAAAGGCAAGAAGACCAAAGCCAAUCGGGAUCGCUUUCGCUGCUUCACAGCGAACAUGGUCUGCUUAAAGCUCUACAUGCCCGGUCGGGACUUCGAGCGUCCGGAUAAACUGAAGAUCACAGCCAACAUUUGCAAGGGCUGCAAGCCAGUCAUGUGCGCCGAUCGCAUCAAUGUCAACUGCAUGCCAGCCGAGCCGAGCGCCCGAUUCAGCAUGCUCGCCGAGUGCCUGGACAAGGAACUGUCGGAGGGCAUCAGCCUAUCCGUAACAUAUAUGAAGCGAGAGAUCGGUCGUGGAUGCUACGUCUUGCCCGACUCAGUCAUACUACGGAUGAUAAACAGGUUUGAGGAGGUCGUCCACACUGCUGAAGUGGAGCUGACCUGCAAUGGCUGCACCGUGGGCAUGUGUACGGUACGGCUCUCGAUGAUCUUGGGCCUGCUGAGCAUCUUCUUCUGGCUCGGGAACGAUGAAAGCGCCGCCGGCAGUUCCAAUCCCAAUUAUAUCGAUUACUACCAUGGCAAUGCGAGCGCAAAGAUGCUGCGUUUCCAUGACUUUGAGCCGCGGCCAAGAACUAACGCUGAGAAUAGCGGAGGAGGAAGUCGUGAGGGGCGUGGCUUUCAUUUCAGCGAAAGUGGCGAGGAUGUCAGCGUGGAGAUGGAGUUCAUUGUGCCCUUCUUUCGUAUACCGGUCAAGCGGAGCAUGAAGCUGGCCCGUGAUGCUGUCCAUGGCUUACUUAAUCUGCACACUGGAGCACUGCUCAACACAGCUGUCGUUGUGGGCGCUGGCGCCAUCAUUGCGGCAAUUGUGCGUCUCGUUCUGGCGCCCAUGGUAUUCACCUCCAUUGGCAAUGGGUUUGGCUAUAAUGCCAAGCAGUUUGAUGACACCCCAAAGAGCAUGCGUAGUUUGACGCAGGUGCUGGAGUCGCAGCUGGACGAGCACAGCAUUGAUGUCUCCGUCUGUGCCCAGCGUGCCAUCUGUCAUUACUUGCAACGUAAUGCGGCACAACUGCAGAACAAUCAGAGCACACCAAGUCCGGCCAGGCUCAUUGAUGUGCUGGCCAACUCUCGCUGGCUGGACUCUCUGCUCAAUGGCACAGCGGUCUUCAGCGCCAUUGAUGUGGCACGCAGCAGUCGCAGCAACUGUAAGCACAUCUAUCGCAGUUGCAGGUGGCCACUAUUUCAAGGCGAAGGCAUUUGCGUGGCGAUUUGGGCGGCCAGCGAGAAGGAGGCAGAAACUAGCUCUAGUUCCACAACUGCUUCGAAAUGGAAGGAGCAAAAAAAUGUGCAAAGACUGCGUCUAAUAUCCUUUGACACUGUUGAUAAGGACAUUGCCCUGGGUCUGAACUAUCUGAUGCCAUUUGUCGAGGUGCCCGUCAAGCGGAAACGAAACGCACCACCCAGACCACUUGUCAUUGUGAAUUCCGCAGCCAUCUUCAGUUGUGGUUUACUUGCUGCCAGCGGACUGAUCGUAGGUCAUUUGAUACGUAGCAUGAGUCUGGAGAACAUUGUGCCGGAUUCAAAAUCGGAGCAGUCUUCCAACCACAAAGCACGCAGCCUACUCGAUGAGGAGCAGAAUUUUCUGCAGCUAUUCGAUAACUUUAAGCUGGUUUAUCGCAAUACAAGCGGCGAUCGUGUGGAGACCGGGCUGCCCAGCUUAAUCGUCACCAUGGAGCGCACAUUUCUGGAGAACGACAUCAAUCUGCCCGUUUGCCUCCUCAAGUCAAUUUGUGCGCUCACUCACAAGGCUGGGGAAAAAGUGCGCGGUGGCAUUGCAUCGGAUGUGGAGCUGAUGCUCGAUGGCGUCAUCAGCUGGUCCUGGCUAAUGUCCUGGUUGGAGCAGUCGGCGCUUCGAGACGCCAUUGAAGCGGGCCGCGUAGCUGCCCCAGAAUAUUGCAACAUCAAGUAUCCACGCUGCAAGUGGACAGCGCCCGAAGAACAACUCUUGCAUUUGAUGCACAAUAAUGUGCAAUUUAAAUAAAUUUAGUAACUAAAUCAAUGGAACUAAG